AUGGCCACCUCGUCACCGCUGCCACGCUGGGCGGCGACGCCGAGCCCGUCGCGGCCAUUGUUUGCUUCGUCAUCAACUGCUGCCGGCGGCGGCAGCCGCGUGCUGCCCCCGUUCGGUGCCGUACUUGCAGCCUUACGCGGUCGUGGGAGUGCCUCGUUGACGGGGGAGGCACAGCCGCCACCGCCGCCGCCCCUGGCAGGCGCGAUGGGUGGCCUUCCUUCUGGGUUUGAUGGCAUAGACCACCUUGACGGCCCCAUGAUGGAUGGCAUCGUCUGUCGCGACGGUGGCAUGUUCACAACGUGGGAGAACAUUUGGGUGACGGCGCGCGGUCGACGGCAGGGGGAAGGCCACCACCAUUCUGCACGGCGUCAGCGGCAGCGCGCGCCCUGGCGAGGUGCUGGCCAUCAUGGGACCCUCCGGGUGUGGCAAGACCACACUGCUCGACACCUUGGCCGGUAA